CUUGAAACAUAUCAUCGUUGUCUACAAAGCGGUUCUAUGGCGGACUGUUUCGGAAUAACGAAGGACGAAACUGGUUGCUUCAUGUUCGUUAUGCGAUACUAUGAAAAUGGCAAUCUUUAUGAUUACCUUGAUAGUAAUAAAGGAAUAAUUAGCUGGAGAGAUAUGGUUGACAUGCUUUGGGGAAUUGCUGGCGGUCUCGAAAGAAUUCAUUCUGAAGGUUUCUUUCAUUCAAAUUUACAUGGCGGAAAUCUCCUUGUUGAAGAUGAUACAAUAUCUAUUGACGCAAAAAUUGCUGAUGUCGGACUCAAUGGUCCUGCACACCGAUCGAUCUCUUCUGAUAAAAUAAUUGGUGUCUUGCCUUUUAUCGAUCCUCAGGUGAUACUGGGAAACCAACAACCAAACCAAGCUUCAGAUAUCUAUAGUUUUGGAAUAAUUAUGUGGAUUUUGGCAACCGGUCUUAGACCACAUUUUAAUAGGGCGCAUGAUUUGCAGUUGGCUUAUGAAAUUUGUUAUGAGAAUUUGCGCCCCGAAAUAAAUGAGGAGCUCGGAUCUGAAAUGCCUGAAGAAUACUUUAAUUUAAUGAAUAAAUGCUGGGAUCAAUUACCAGAAAAUAGACCAACUGCAUAUCAAUUAUACGAGGAAUUGGGAAAUUGGAUUCAUGCAAUUUGUGAUGAUCCCAAUCCUUCUGAAAUUUCAAAUAAUUUUGGCAUAGCUGAAGAGAAAAGAUGGAAAAAAAUUAAAAGAGAAAUCGAAAACAAAACUUUGUCCAAGGAUUUGAUUCAUGAAGAUGCAAUAUAUAUCAGUCGUAUUUUUGAUUUUUCUAUGUUGCAAAAAUAA